AUGGCAGAUGAAACGUUUUUCACCCCGGGAACGGUAGAUCUCAUUAUCGGAUGUGAAGCAUUUGGGGAAUUCCACUCCGGAAAAAAGAUUUCGCUGGGAGAAGAUCUCCCAUGGUUGCUCGAGACAUCUUUCGGAUGGACCGUAUCAGGGCCCGCAGCUUGUCGACCUACUUGUAUUCCUCGUGUCUGCCAAUUGUCUACGGUUGACGAACGUUUAGAAACCGCACUCCAGAAGUUUUGGGAAAUUGAAACUAUCCCCAUGGAACACGCACACUCUUCAGAUGAAAGUUAUUGUGAAGAAUUUUACACUGAAACAACGACACGUGACGACGACACAGGGAGGUACAUCGUACGACUCCCACGCACCAACAAGCCUGAAAUUGAACUUGGAAGUUCCAGAUCGAUCGCAGAGCGGCGUUUUCUGGGUCUUGAACGCCGAUUGCAACGGGAUCCUGGCACAAAAGAAGCCUACCAUCGUUUUAUGGCCGAGUAUGAGGAACUUGGUCACAUGCGGAAGCUAAAAGAGCCGGUAGACGAUCAAAUAUCGCAUUGCUACCUCCCACACCACCCUGUCUUUAAAGCGUCCAGCACCACGACAAAGACAAGAGUGGUAGGGUAA